AAUUUUAAAAUAUAAAUAAAGUAAAAACUGCUUUACUCUUCUCAAUCCACCAUUUAAUUCAUCUCAGUCUUUCCUUCUCAAUCACGAUUCCGUCUGCGUUGUCUUCUUCCUUCUCCAUUUUUAUUUUUCUAUGCUUCUCUGUUCCGAUUAUAUGUCGGAAUCCUUGAUCUCGUCCGAUUGCUGAUUUGGAGUGUUGUUGUUACGAGUUUAUUGUUUUGUAACUGGUUACAUUUGAGUUUUGGGAAAGAUUUAAACGUGCUUUAAUGUUCUUCAAUCUCAUUAGCAUUUUUUUUCUUUUUAUUUAUUAUCUCAUUUGCAUUAUUGAUUUUAUGUUUUGUUUCUGAUUAAUGCGUGUAUAAUUUCAUCGUGGUGACUUGCUUGCAGUUAUGGCAUAGUUACAUUUGAGUUUCCUUUUUUUUUUUUCUUUGCAUUUUUAAUUUUUUUUAUCCUAUGCGUUACAAUUUAUCCAAUAUGCCUAGUCAUUUUUUCAUGUUUUUGUUGCUUGGUAUAUUUCAUACGAUUAAAUGAUUAUUUUAAUUUUUGUUUUUUGCAAAUUUUCAGAAUGGCAAUUGCAAGGAGUUCUCAAUCUGCAUCCAAAUCUAAGUUUGUUGAUGUUUCAGAUUCACCUAAUCCUAAGAAGGCUAAUAAACGUAAGCUUGAUGCUGGUGCUUCUUCAUCUAAUUCUAAGAAGGCCAAGAAAAAGUCAAAGCAUGUUUCUGUCUCUAAAGCUAAGGGUCUUGUUUACAAGAUUUCUUAGACCAAGCAUUUCAGUUCUAGGGUCCAAAGAUUUUGUGAAGAUUCAGUAUUGAAAGACCUUAGGACUAAGUUUAGUAAGUCUCAAAAAAAAUAUUUUGAGACAUUUUUUGGAUGUAGAAGAUUUAUGUUGGCAAGCUCAAUUUUUUCAUCAUGUUCUUUUAAGGGAGGUUCAUCAAGAGAAUGUUGAUGAGUUCUGGUUUAAGAUUAGCAAUCAAGCUGUUAGAUUUUCUGCUAAUGAGUUUGCUUUGAUUAGUGGUUUAAAGUUUCAAAGCGAUAUGGAUGAGUCUGUGUUUGAUCGUAAGGAAAACCAGUUUUUAUCUAGGAUACUUCCUGGUGUAACUAAUAAUAAGUUGAGCAGGGCUUAUGUGAAAGCUAAGUUUAUGAGUAAUAAAGUUGUUGGCGAUGAAAGAUGUUGUCAAGUUCGGCUUGCUUCAUUUUCUUGCAAACUAUUUGUUUGCAAAACCAACAGAUUCUAAGAUGGUUGACAAUCUUUUAAUCAUCAGGGUUGAUAGCAGUUUUGAUGUUUCGAGUGGUUUUCCUUUCGUGAGGUAGUUGUGGGAUUUGACUAGUUCUGACAUGAGAGAGGGUCGGAAGGGUGGGAACCAGAUUAUUGAUGGUUUGAGAAAGGAAAAUGGGACUUUGAAAUUACACUCUUAUAAGUUGUGGGGGUAUCCUCUUUAUUUUCUUGUUUGGAUAUAUGAGAGCAUCCCUAAAUUGUGCGAUGGGAUUGCUGAAAGAAUUGGAGAUGGGUACCCAAGAGUUUUGAACUGGAAGAAUGCAAAACAUAUUUCCUACAAACAACUUACUCAAGACAUUUUCAACCAAAAAGAGUUGGAAGUUAGGCCAGUAUUGCCAAAUGACUUUGAGAAGGAACUUGCAAUUGUGAAGGAUUUGAAUUUUGAUGGCAAUAUUAUGGUUAAGGAUCCUUUAGCAUAUAUAGAUUUUGUCAUUGAUUUAGAGCAUCCUUCUGAGAAGCCAGAGGAUGUUAUGUCGAGAGCUCAAGAGGACUGGUUACUGAGAUUUGAGGCUUCUUUAAAGAAGUACCAAGAUGAGAUCAAGCUUAUUAAAUCGAAUCAAUUGAAGCUUUCAAAGGAAAUGCAUUCCUUCAUGGAUUCAGUGAAUGGCAGAGUUGAUGAGAUUAUUGUCAUGUUAAGUCCUAAGGAUUGUGAUGCCAAUCUUAAUGAGAAUCUUGGUGCAAAUGUUGGAGAGGCAGUUGUAUCUGAAGCAGUUACAGAUGAUGUUGGACAAGCAAUUGGUGAAUCUAGCAAGGCAGGUGGCCAUGGUGGACAAGCAGCUUCAGAUGAGGCUUUUGUUGGUUGUUCCUCGUUUACUGAGGAUCCUAUUAUUUAUGAGCAUUUUGCUGAAAAAUUGGACAAAACUAUCCGUUCAACUAUAGGUUGUUCAGUUGAUGCUGUUAUUGAUGCCUUUGAUUCUAAGGCUUAUGUUGGAGGUUUCUUGUUCCCCGAGGAUCCUUUUGAUUUUGCUGAAGAACUAGACAAAACUGACCGUUCAGCAACAGGUUGUUCAGAUGAUGUUUUUUAUGCCUCUGUUGAUAAGAUGAUGAUCUCUUCAAGAAUACUAUUUUUUUUAACUUAUUGAUGAGGACUUGCAAGUAUUGGAUAUAGAUGUGGCUAAACAACAAGUCGAGAAAGUUGUUGGUGUUGGAAAAACAAUGAGAGUGUACAGCGGAAUUGGCGUGGUGGGUCCAGUUUUAUAAACACAAAAAAAAUUUCAUCUCUUAUGUAAACAAUUUAUAUGUUCAAGAAAACAUCCAGACUGAAAAUAUUAAUAUGCAAUAUCAUUAAUCA